CCCCACCAGCAGGUGGCGCUGAAGACGGGUUGCUUUUCCACCCGGAAGUGAAGCCUGGCAGCGGGAGGAGGUUCCGGUCCGGUUCUGGUUUGUGUCCGCUGAACGACUGUGUGAAGGAAAGUUGUCGUGGUGCCACCGCCGAACCCGCUUUGGACUCGGACCGUUGAAGCGAGGACCAUGCUUGGAGUGUGCCUGCGAGGAGCCCACGCCACGGUCCGGAAGAACUGUGUGAGAAGUCCUCUGACUCCGCUGCAGUCCUACAGGUGCUACUCCACCAGCAGGAGCAGCGGCGCCUCCAGAGUGGUUGCUCUCGGCUUGGUGACGGUAGGCGGAGGCGUGGGAGGGACACUGCUCUACUCCAAAUGGGACCCCAAGUUCAGAGCAGCUGUGGAGAAGAAUGUCCCGUACUCUGAUUGGCUGCUGGGCCUGGCUCUGGGACCGGCUCCUGAGGAUGCCCGUCUCCCUGUGAGGAAACAGGUGGAGUUGAACCAGCCACCCUCCAUGUUGGAUAAACCAAAAACGGAUCCCAAAGCCAAGUCCCAGAAGAGUGUGAAGGAGGCAGCAGAGGCAAGUGGCCCAGAGUCCAGUCUGGUCCCACCACCGCCAGCUCAGAGCAUACAGGAAGCGUCAGCAGAGGCGACUCAGAUCAUCUCGGCCAUCAGUGAGGUCCCAUCAGUUCCUGCUACGUGUGACUCAGAGGCAGCUGCAGACGAGUGUAAGGAGUGUCACAAACACGCUGAUGUUUCAGAGACGGCAGCAGUCGCGUCAGCAGAGCCUCUAAAGGAACGUCCAGUUGAUGAGGUCACUGCUAGACUGGUCCAGCAAGACCAGGAGGAAGAGAAGCUUCUGGCCUCCCUUUCAUCUCGUCUGGAGGACUCUCUAGCCUCCUCUGCUAAGGCCACGCUGCAGGCUAUUGGAGCCCAGGAGGUGGCUCUGCAGGCUGUCACCCAGCACACACGCAAGCUGAAGGACGCCAUGGAGGCAGAGGCUCCAUCUGAUGAAAAGUCCACCCAGUGGAAGGAGCUAGAAGCUGCUUUAGCUGAAAGAACCGCUGCUGUAAAGGACGCCACGACCACACUCUCAAAAGCCAAUGAAGCCCUGGAAGGUCUGAAGUCUGUGAUCAACCAGGCUAAAGGACAGAAGGUGGCGGCUGCUCGUCCUCUGAUCUUAGCUGCGGAGGAGAAUCUCCACCAGAUGGUGGUGGACCUGGACAAAGUGGUCUCCAAGGUGCGUUCAGCAGAGUCAGAGGCCAAGGUGGUCUCCCAGUACACCGAACUGGUGAAUGAGGCCAAGCAGCAGUUCCAGAGGGAGGUGAGCAGCCUGACUCCAGAGAUCCAGGCCAACUGGAAAGGGCUCACUGGGAAACUGUCGGUGGACGAUCUGAACGCCCUCAUCGCCCACGCACACCGGCGCAUCGACCAGCUGAACCGAGAGCUGGCGGAGCAGCGGGUCAGGGAGCAGAUCCACAUCGAAGCAGCACUGGAGCAGCAGAAGGUGGAGGACCACAAGGUCCUGGACGCGGCCGUUACCACGGCGAUGGGGCACGUGAAGGAGGAGGCCAGACUGAACCUGGAACAGAAGCUCGCUGAACUGAGGGAAGUGAUGGAGGCCGAGAUGAGGACUCAGCUCCGCCGCCAGGCUGCUGCUCACACAGACCAUGUUCGAGAUGUUCUGAAGGUCCAGGAGCAGGAGCUGAGAGCAGAGGCCGAGCAGGUGCUGAACAGUAAGAUUCUGGACCAGGAGACGCGGUACCGUCAGCUCACCCAGGAGCAGCUGGAUAAUUUCACCUUGGAUAUGAAUGCAGCCUACGCCCGACUGAAGGGCAUCGAGGAGGCCAUCGACAGUCAUGCGGUUGCCGAGGAGACGGCCCGUGAAGCCCACCAGCUGUGGCUCUCUGUGGAAGCUCUCAGCUACGCCCUGAAGAGCGCUGGAGCAGACUCUCCCAGCAUGCCUCUGGAGGAUGCUGCCGAGGCUGUGCGGGCCAGCUGCCAUGACGAUUUUUGUUCGGCGCUGGCGUCGGCUCUGCCUCAGGAGUCGCUGCAGCGUGGCGUGUACAGCGAAGCUUCUCUCAGAGCUCGCUUCAACGCCCUGCGAUCGCUCGCCCGCAGAGUGGCACUCAUCGAUGAAUCCCGUAAUUCUCUGUACCAGUACUUCCUGUCCUACCUUCAGGCCGUGCUGCUGUUUGAGGAUCAGCAGGAAGCCCCGCCCAGCCAGCUGAGCGGUGCAGAUUUAGACCCGUUUAAGCUCCUGUCCUACGCUAGCUACUGCCUGGAGCACGGGGAUCUGGAGCUGGCAGCUAAACUGGUGAACCAGUUGCGAGGCGAGGCCAGGAGAGUGGUGGAGGACUGGCUGACUGAAGCCAGACUCACCCUGGAGACCAGGCAGGUGGUCAGUUUGCUUUCGGCGUAUGCUAAUGCUGCAGGCCUAGGAACCACGCAGGCCCCCUGAGCGGGGUCAGGUGGUAGAGGAUCCACAACGUCUCCCAGGUUCUCCACCAGAGCUGUUCCUUUAGUUAAACCAGUCAGGCCACCUGUCCAACCCGUUCUCGGCUUUACUUCCUGCCCACAUGAAUGGUUUUUGUGUCCUGAUGUUAAAUUAUGUCAUGCUGCACUUUUGUGAAUAUUGCAAAUGCAAAAUAAAUCAUUAACCACA